UCUAUAAAUAAGGGUAGCACGUGAAGUUAAGCUUCAGUGUAACAAUACUCGCACUCGGUUUUGGUUCUUGUUACUCUCGCGUCAAUACAUUUGAAACAUGGACACUGACGAUGAUCAGAAAAUGGCCAUGCUCCGCAAGGCUUUCCAAAUGUUCGACACCACCAAGUCUGGUUACAUCGAUGUCCUCAAAAUUUCCACCAUCCUAAACACCAUGGGUCAACUGUUCGAUGACUCUGAACUGCAGGCCUUAAUUGACGAAAAUGACCCCGAAGGCUCGGGCAAGAUCAACUUCGAUGGUUUCUGCAACAUCGCUUCCCACUUCUUAGAGGAAGAGGACGCUGAAGCCAUGCAACAAGAACUCAAAGAAGCUUUCAGAUUAUACGACCGUGAAGGCAACGGUUACAUCACAACGUCGACGCUGAAGGAGAUCCUGGCAGCGUUGGACGACAAGCUCAGCAACGCUGAUCUUGACGGCAUCAUCGCUGAGAUUGACACUGACGGCUCCGGAACUGUUGACUUCGAUGAAUUCAUGGAGAUGAUGACUGGCGAUUAAAUAUAUUAAUUUUAUAUACAUAUAGCAUAAAUGAUUAGAAUAUAUUUUAUAUUAUUUUAAGGAGUUGCAAGACUUCGUUAUAAGUACAAAUCGAAUGCGGUAUUAGCAUGAUUGUAAAACACAUUGUAGACACAUUAUGGUUUAUCUAUCUUAUAGAUAGGCAUUAGUUUUAUAACUUAAUUGUUGUGAUAUUCAUUUAAGUUUUCGUUCGUAGAAAUUAUUUAUCUAAUAAUUUUCAUAGAACGUUAAUUAUUUUAAACAAUUUUAUGCUAAUAUUUAUAACGCAUCGUAUAACAAAUCUGAAAGUAUUCUAUAAAAUUACAACGAUAAAAAGAAAA